AUGGCAUCUUCCCCCAAGGACUCGAGGCCCGGCGCCGGCACCGAGGCCAUGCCCAUGCCGUCGCGCAACCCGCUGCCGCUGUCCGCGAGCCAGGAGGCACAGGUCAGGGAGGUGUUCAACGCGCGGGUGCGGAGGGCGUGCGCCGACGAGAUCAAAGAGUGCGCCAAAGCCCACACCUUCACCGUGUCGUUCGCGUGCCGGUCGCUGACGCUGGCCAUGAACGGCUGCAUGAUGGCGCACGCGACGCAGGCCGAGCACGACCGGGCGCGCGAGGAGUGGUUCGCGGGCCGCGUCGAGCGCGCCCGCGACCGCGAGCGCAAGGAGCGCCGCAAGCUCGAGCAGGAGAAGUUCCACCGCGAGUGGUGGGGCCUGCCCGAGAAGGACCCCGACGCCGUCCGCCGCGAGGAGGAGAAGCUCGCCCGCAAGGAGCGCAUCGGCGGCUACCGCAGCGGCCAGCCGAGGCCCGCUGCCGCGGACGGCCCCGCGGCGCCCCCCAGGUGA